CAAAGUGUCCGGCGGCAGUUAGGGAAGUAAGAAUUGUGAUAAACUUCAUGUUUUACCAUAUCAUUAUCAUUAACUGGACUCUACAGCUAUAAACAUUUUGAAAGAAGAGAGAAGGGGAAUAACAUCAACAGGAUGGCUGAUGAUGUCCUUUAUGCAUCAGUAAACUUCUCCCAGAAGAACCGGCAGCCGAGAAAACAAGAGGAACAGGCUACAGAGGAUACAAAAGACCAGAGAGGUGAAGUCAUCUACGCAGAAGUCAAAGCUGCAAAUAGUCUGGAAACACAAAAGGAGGAAAUGGAAGCAGGCACCUAUCAGCCCAUUAAAGGUGAAGUAGAGAGUGACCCCUACAGCAGUUUAAAAUGGGAACGGGCCAAAAAUGACGUCCCAGCAAAAGAAGGAGCUUCAGAGCAUCCUUCAAAUUCAAAAAUGAAAGCCUGCCUUCUGAAGUUUCUGUUGUUCCUUUGUGGUUCACUAUUGGCUUCCAUUGUCUUGUUGGCCAUUUACAAUUUGAAUCCCUCCAAGGACAAAGGUGCUGUUGAUGAAAUGAGACAGAACUAUUCUAUCGCUGAGCAACAACUGAUACAGCUGAGAAUGCAAUAUGACUCUUUAAACAGAGAGCAUAGCAACCUAUCAGAGUACCAGAAAACUCUGCAGAUGAACCUUACCAGCCUGCAGUCCCUCUAUUCCAACCUGUCUGCAAAUCACACUAAACUGCUGUCCCAUUAUUCCGCACUGACCCAGGAGAAUGCUGACUUUUUUGCAGAAUUUGAAAAGCUGAAUAAACGAUGUCCAAUAUUAAAUCCAUCUUCUCAAAGCAGGACUUGUUAUGUUUGUCCACAAAACUGGAUGUUGUUCAACUCAAAGUGUUACUUCUUCUCCAGUAAAAAGCUAACCUGGACAGGUGGCCAUGAUGGCUGUAAAAUACUUGGGGCACACCUGGUGAUCAUAGAGAGUGAGGAGGAGCAGACAUUUUUAUUAAAUGAGUUGAACAAACAAAAUCCCAGGAAGCCCUACUGGAUUGGACUGAAUGACAUGGCUACUGAAGGUCAAUUUGUCUGGGUGGACAAGAAACGUCUGGACUCAAGCAAAAGCUUCUGGGGUGUGAAUUGGGAUGGAUCGAUGGAGCCAGAUAACUGGGAUAAUCAAGAAGACUGUGUGCAAAUACAGAAAACCGCUACUCCUGGUGGCUGGUAUGAUGCCCGCUGUUCAGACACAAACAACGUUAUCUGUGAAAGAGCAGCAGAAGGAAUUGCACUGUGACCUUUAAGUAAUAAAUCACAUAGAAUCUACAGCAUCACUGGGAAACUCUAGAUUGGCGGUAAAGGAGAGCACUCACUCAGAGGCGCUGAUUUAUUUUGCAGUUUCUCUGAGUUUGCAGGUGUCUGCACACCCAAGUCACUGAGAUAUUUUAUCUCAUUUCCUUGAGUCUUUUGAAUGACAUUUUUAACAUACUUGAUAUUUCAAUGAUAUGUGAAGAAAAAUGCAUGUUGAAAGGUAAAAUUAAUUUUAGACAAUAAUUCUCAGUACUGUUUAAUCAAAUGUAUCCUCAUAGGCGGCAUAAAAUGUUAAUGGAGGUCAGAAAAACAUUGUUAUGGACAUAUGAUGGAGGUAAGCAUCCAGAAAAUGACCAAAAAUUUGAAGUAGCAGGAGAAGAGAAAAUAAAAUUUAAAUCAAAAACAAAACUGCAAUUCAAAAAUCAUAAGUCAAAAAAUCUUAUCUCUAGUCUAAUGGCCUUUCCCUGACUUACAGGAAAACAAAGUAAAAAUUAGUUUGUAAAAAUGUCUUUAACCCAAAGCUAGGAUGUCAUCUUGGGAAAUUAAAAUAUAAUUUAAUGGUUCAGAAAGUAGAACAGAAAAUGGAAUUGAUAGAAUAGCAAUAAAAAUGUAUAAAUAACCACAAAAACGAAUGUAAAUAGUAAUAAAACGAUUCAGAGUGCAUGCAAGGAGCCAUUAAACACACAGGGCAUUUGUAGAAAGAGCUUUUCUUUGUGAGUAGACUGAUGACAUUGUCAUGAAGGCUGUGUGUGUGAGGGGCAAAAGCUACAUGGAGAUUUCUGGCAAAAAGACAACAUGGAUUAAAUUGAUCUUAGCAUUUAAAAAUUAUCUCAAUUCAACCUGUUUACCUUAUGUUCCCAUUUUUUACAAUUGUAUAUUUGUACAAAUAAGGUAUUUAAUAAACAUAAUGUUGGUAAUCUAUAAUAAACAUAAUGUUGGUAAUACUUUAGAUUGGGUACUGCCUUUAAUGAUUCUGUUUGUCACAUAAUAUCAUGUAAUAAGACUUUAACAAAGGCCACUCAUAAACUAUCACUGUGCAGUGUGGCAUAUCAAGGACUUGUGAUAUGCUGGUGACCUGACUUGUGAAUAUGAGAGCCUUGUACUGAAGUAUGUAAUAAUGAAAGGAAAUAAUAUUACCACCUGCAU